GGUUGGGGGGGCAGGGCGAUCGGAGAGCCGUGUUCCUAAGGCGGUGGCUGCGUCUCCGACGGAGCAGGAGCAGGGCGGGGAAGGAGGAUGGAGCAAGCUGGGGGUUGGGGUUGGCGCUAGCCGCUGCGGCUCGGCUACUACUGUGGGAGAGUGGCUGCUCCUGGAAGUUGUAGGAUCGAGAGCCGGGCCGGUGCCGCCGGUGCCGCCGCUGCCUUGGGCGGUAGGGAGGAGCAGGGAGCGUCAGGGGUCGGGAAAGACGGGACGGGUAGUGGGGGCGAGCUGGGGAAGACUGAGCGGGCUCUGCGCCGGGCGGGCGGGCGGCGGGGGGGCCAGCGACCGCAGCCGGGGGGACGCGGGAGGAUGGAGCAAGUGGAGAUCCUGAGGAAAUUCAUCCAGAGGGUCCAGGCCAUGAAGAGUCCGGACCACAAUGGGGAGGACAACUUCGCCCGGGACUUCAUGCGACUAAGAAGAUUGUCAACCAAAUAUAGAACAGAAAAGAUUUAUCCCACAGCCACUGGAGAAAAAGAAGAAAAUGUUAAAAAGAACAGAUAUAAGGACAUACUGCCAUUUGAUCAUAGCCGAGUUAAGUUGACUUUAAAGACUCCUUCUCAAGAUUCAGACUAUAUCAAUGCAAAUUUUAUUAAGGGUGUUUAUGGGCCAAAAGCGUAUGUGGCAACCCAAGGACCUUUAGCAAAUACAGUAAUAGAUUUUUGGAGGAUGAUAUGGGAGUACAAUGUUGUAAUCAUUGUGAUGGCCUGUCGUGAAUUUGAGAUGGGAAGGAAAAAAUGUGAACGGUAUUGGCCUUUGUAUGGAGAAGACCCUAUAACAUUUGCACCAUUUAAAAUUUCUUGUGAAGCUGAACAAGCAAGAACAGACUACUUCAUUAGGACACUCUUACUUGAAUUUCAAAAUGAAUCCCGUAGGCUGUAUCAGUUUCAUUAUGUGAACUGGCCAGACCAUGAUGUUCCUUCAUCAUUUGAUUCUAUUCUGGACAUGAUAAGCUUAAUGAGGAAAUACCAGGAACAUGAAGAUGUGCCUAUUUGUAUUCAUUGCAGUGCAGGCUGUGGAAGAACAGGUGCCAUUUGUGCCAUAGAUUAUACAUGGAAUUUACUAAAAGCUGGGAAAAUACCAGAAGAAUUUAACGUUUUUAACUUAAUACAAGAAAUGAGAACACAGAGGCAUUCUGCAGUACAAACUAAGGAACAAUAUGAGCUUGUUCAUAGAGCUAUCGCCCAACUGUUUGAAAAACAACUACAACUAUAUGAAAUUCAUGGCACCCAGAAAAUUACUGAUGGAGUGAAUGAAGUUAACACUGAAAAUAUGAUCAGCUCCAUAGAUCAUGACAAACAAGAUUCUCCCCCUCCAAAACCACCAAGGACCCGCAGUUGCCUUGUAGAAGGGGAUGCUAAGGAAGAAAUACUGCAGCCUCCAGAACCUCACCCAGUGCCCCCCAUCUUGACACCUUCGCCCCCUUCAGCUUUUCCAACAGUCACUACUGUGUGGCAGGACAAUGACAGAUAUCAUCCAAAGCCAGUGUUGCACAUGGUUUCAUCAGAACAACCUUCAACAGACCUCAACAGAAACUAUAAUAAAUCAACAGAACUUACAGGGAAAAAUGAAUCAGCUAUUGAACAGAUAGAUAAAAAGUUGGAGCGAAAUUUAAGUUUUGAGAUUAAGAAGGUUCCUCUUCAAGAAGGACCAAAAAGUUUUGAUGGGAACACACUCUUAAAUAGGGGACACGCAAUUAAAAUUAAAUCGGCUUCGGCUUCACCGUGUACAGUUGAUAAAAUCUCUAAGUCACAGGAAUUGAGUUCAAGAGAUCUAAAAGUUGAUGAUAUUUCCCAGAAUUCUUGUGUGGACUGCAAUGCAACACAGUCAAAUAAAGAUUCGAUUAUUCUACCGGAAGCCUCACAGAAGAAUUCAGACACACCUCCAAGGCCAGACCACUUACCUCUUGAUGGAAAAGGACAUUUAACGUGGUCAUUUCAUGGACCUGAGAACACUCUACCCAUGCCUGAUUCUGAAGGCAAAUCCUCAGAUAUCCACUGUCAAACAAUGAAAACUGUGAGUUCAACACCAAGCCCCACAAUACAAGUUGAAACCCAUGAUCUUGCAGAUCAUCAUGACAGCUCCCCUCUGUUCAGAGCACCCCUCAGUUUUACUAAUCCUCUUCACUCUGAUGACUCUGACUCAGAUGAAAGGAACUCUGAUGGUGCUGUGACCAAGAAUAAAACUAGUAUUUCAACAGCAAGUGCCACUGUUUCUGCUGCCACUAGUAGCGUUUCUACAAGGAAAGUAUUACCAAUGUCCAUUGCUAGACAUGAUAUAGCGGGAACAAUACAUUCAGGUGCUGAAAAAGAUGUUGAUGUUAGUGAAGAUUCGCCUCCUCCCCUACCUGAAAGAACUCCUGAAUCAUUUGUACUAGCAAAUGAACAUAAUAUAUCUGUAAGAGCUGAGUGGAAUGAACUUCAAAAUGAGGAACAGUCUGAACAGAAAAAACCUGAAGGCUUGAUAACCUCUGGAAGUGAAAGAUGUGAUCAUCCAGCACGAGGUAUUCAUACAGAGACCUGUACAGAAUGUCCACCUACUUUUAGUAACAAGAAAGAUCAACUAUCAGAAAGUCCAACAGAAGCCACAGAGAUUGGUUUUGGUAAUCGCUGUGGAAAACCUAAAGGACCAAGAGAUCCACCUUCAGAAUGGACAUGAUUCAGGGAACUAAAAGACACUUUAAAUUAUACUGGAAAAUUCAAGUGCCACUGAAAGCCAGAUUUAUGGUAUUCCAUCUUAAAAAUGUGGGACUAACAGCAGUGUAGAUCGUUACCUUCGUGAUUUUUUCUUUUCUUUUUUUUUUGCUGGGACCAUCUACCUGCCUUAUAUUACACUUAGGAAAAGUAUUACAUUUGGUUUAUUUUGUAACUUCAAGUAUUAUUGCCUUAAUGUCUCUUAACCCUGUUACACGCUGCUUGUAGACAUGUUAAUAUAGUAAUACUUUUAUGAUAAAUUGAGUUUAAGGACUACUCUUUUUUGCUAAUGUUUUAUCAUGUAUGCAUUAUUUUGUAUAUGUACAGGGCAAGUAGGUAUAUAAUUUGAUAAAGUUGCAGUCAUAAAAUAUUGUUAACAGAAGAUGUAAGAAAUUUCUGCAUGGUCUAAAUCUUUGUGUACCUUAUUUGUAAAUUAUUUGCCCUGAAGUUUUAGAAAAUAGUUUCUGAUUUUUAAAACUGCUGGAUUCAUGCAGCCAGCUUUACAGGUUAUCAGAGAUCAAAGAUUGUAAUAAUAAUACAUUUUGUAAAUUGUAAGCAAAAAGUUAUUUUUAUAUUAUAUACUGUCUAAUUGUCCAUCCUAAUUGUCCUUGUUUUCAUCUAGUCAUGGAGAUUCAGUAAGUGCCUUGGAACAAUAUUGAAUUCUCUUAGCUUGUGUGUGUUACUUUAAUAUUUGAACUCAACUGGGAUUAGAAGACUAUCAAACUAUAUGUGUUCAGGAUAUUUGACCUGCCAUUAAAAAAACAAAAACAAUUUUACAGUG